GCAUUUGUGUGCGAGUAGCUCGGCGUUCUAGGCCUCAUUUCUUACCUUACAGUACUUUUUUCAUACCCUCCAGAGCCUCCAGACUUCUCUCGUCCAGUGACGCUCAGCCAAACGGCAUUCUGUCUGAGCGUCACAGAACGGGAGUCUGGAGGCUCUGGUACCCAGGGUACUGUUCUCAUUGAUGGAUAAACCACGAGAUGCAACCGUCCGUGAGUAAGUUUGGCGUCUAACUCCUAAGGACAUUCCUGGGUAUAGUAUGCAGAUAUUUGUCAAGUAUGGGCCUAUUUAAGAAACAUCCGACUGAGAUUCGUGGCUUUUAGACACAUCCUCGAAACUCGAUAUGGCGGAAUUUGACGGAUAUCAAGCCCUGAGCCAAGUUUCGAACCAAACAACAAAGGCUGAAAUCAGGCAAAUCUACGAUAACUGGGCGACCAACUACGAAAUGGACACAAACAGCCAUGGCUAUGUUGCUCACAAGACAUGCACGGAUGUGUUUGACGCCGAGAUGGCGAAGGCGUACCCCAAGGAUCGUCUCUCUUUGAGGGUAAUGGACGCCGGGGCAGGCACAGGGAUUGUCGGCGAACACCUGCAACAGCUCGGGUACACUAAUGUGGACGGUCUCGACAUUUCUCAAGAGAUGCUUAACAUUGCCCGACAAAAGCGUGUCUACAAGAACUUGAUUUGUGCGGGGCUGAGUGAGACAGAAAUUGCCGAGAUUGCUGAUGGCCAGUAUGAGGGAAUCGUGUGCUCAGGGACAAUAACGGUAGCACAUGUCAAGGCGGCGAGUCUUGGUGAACUAAGACGAUGGCUAAAACCAGGCGGUAUAAUCUGCUUUACUAUCCGCCAAGACGCCCUCGAAUUACCCGAGUACGGCUACAAGCAGAAGAUUGAUGAGAUGGUUACCACUGGCACGUGGGAAAUGAGGCACAAGAGUUUAAUUCAAUACCAUAGCAAAGCGGGUGUAAAGGGAGGUCAGGAUAACUGCUUCGUGUUAGUGUUCAAAGCCACCUAGAUUCCACUGAAAAUUUCUUCAAUCACACAUAUUUUUCUAGCACCAAUAAAUCUUUUGAUGCAUCCUGUAUUUGAAAGUUAUCUAGCUUGUAAUUGUUAUCGCACUGUUAUGGGGUUAAAAUUGUAAAU